CUUACUUCAAACACAUCAAAGUCUUCUGCUGUUUAGCUUAUUUAUUUUUCACUGUUUUCCAGUUACUUAUUCUUGUUUUAUCUCGCUGCUUCACAUAUUCAAUCCGAUUUAAAGAUGGUUCACUUAGGCCCCAAAAAACCUCAACACAGAAAAGGUUCCAUGAUGGAUGUUCCAAGAGACUUGAUUGAAGAAAUCAAGGUCUUGAAGUCUAUAUUCUCUGUUUCUCCAGCCAAAUUGAGACAAAUCACAGACCACUUCAGAUCUGAACUAGAAAAGGGUUUAUCUGUCAAUGGUGGCAAUAUCCCAAUGAUUCCAACAUGGGUCCUUGAUUAUCCAACCGGCAAGGAAUCUGGAUCAUAUUUAGCAAUUGAUUUAGGUGGCACCAAUCUAAGAGUUGUUCUUGUCAAUUUGUUGGGAAACAGAGAUUUUGAUACCACCCAAUCCAAAUACUCUUUACCAAGAAAAAUUAGAACUGCCACUGCCGAUGAAUUAUUCGAUUUUAUCGCAACCUCAAUCCAAGAGUUUCUUCAUGAACAAUACCCCGAUGGUUGCAAAGAAGAAAUUCCCUUAGGUUUCACCUUCUCUUAUCCUGCUACUCAAUCUGCUAUCAAUACUGGUCUUCUACAAAGAUGGACAAAAGGCUACGAUAUCAAAAAUGUUGAAAAUCAUGACGUUGUACCAAUGUUGCAAAAGGCCCUAAAACAAAAAAAUUUGCCAAUCACUGUUGUAGCUUUAAUCAACGAUACAACUGGUACUCUAGUUGCCUCUCAUUAUACCGAUCCAAAGGCUGAAAUGGGCUUGAUUUUCGGUACAGGCUGCAAUGGUGCUUAUUAUGAAUUAAUCAAAAAUGUUCCAAAAUUACAGAAAGAUCUACCAAAGGAUAUCUCCCCAGACUCUCCAAUUGCAAUUAACUGUGAAUAUGGUGCCUUUGAUAAUGAACAUAAAGUUCUUCCCAGAACUAAAUACGAUAUCAUAAUCGACGAACAAUCCCCAAGACCUGGUCAACAAUCUUUCGAAAAAAUGAUCUCAGGCUAUUACCUUGGUGAAUUAUUAAGAUUAGUCAUGUUAGAUUUACACCAAAAGGGUUUACUCUUUGAAAAUCAGUCCUGCGAUAAACUAAAAAUCCCCUUCCACUUAGAUACUUCAUUCCCUGCAAAAAUUGAAGAAGAUCCUUUUGAAAAUUUAAGUGAUGUCAAAGACUUGAUUUUAGAUGAAUUAAACAUCCAUGCUAACAUAGCUGAAAGAAAGCUAAUUAGAACUUUAGCCGAAUUAAUCGGUACAAGAGCUUCAAGAUUAUCAAUCUGUGCCGUUGCUGCUAUUUAUCAAAAAAGAGGCUUUACCAAAACUGUUCAUGCUGCUGCCGAUGGUUCAGUUUUCAACAAAUAUCCAGAUUUCCAAUCAAGAGCAACUCAAGCUUUAGCUGAUAUCUUUGACUGGAAAAUGCCAAAAGAUCAAUAUCCAAUUGUCUUAGUUCCUGCUGAGGAUGGUUCAGGCGCUGGUGCUGCAAUAAUCGCUGCUCUAACUGAAAACCGUAUAGAAGCUGGUUUAUCAAUUGGUUUAUAAUAUAUUCCUCCAUAUUAAUCAAUCAUAAUAAUCAUCAUAAUCAUAACUAUAAUAAUUACUAAAUAAUUAUUAAUACUUCAUUAUUCUUUUGCUUUAUCAUUGUGUGUGUGUUUAUUUGUUGUUUUUUUUUUCCUUCUUUCAUUUCUUUCAUAUUUCUUUUUCCUUUUUUUAACUUCUAGUCUCGGUUUGUGUUUUUAUAGAAUAGAGUGCUUGUUCAUCCUAAUUUUUAUCUUACUUUUUAUUUUGACAUUUUAUAUUAAUCACUACAUUAACACUAUAUAAGUUAUAUAUAAUCUAAUAAUCACAAUAAAAAAAAAAGAUUUA